AUGCGCAAUAGCUCAGUGCUGCCGUCACACUCUGGCCCACAGUUCAAGGACAAGCCCAUCCUCUCCAGUUUAGGAGGCGGCGGCAUCAGUCUAGGCAACUCACCUACAGGAGGAGGAGGCGGCUCUGGCGCCUCACCCAUCGGCAGGGUCACUCUCCGUCGCGUUAUUCUCUUCUCGGGGUCCUGUCUCUUUGUCUACAUUGUCCUCUCGACCGUGUUGGGGCUUAAUAAACCAGAUUCUGCGUCGGGCUUUCCAAAGGUCAAGCAUCAGGAACACGAUCCGUAUGAGGAUCUUCCUAACCCAGUCUUGCCAGAUGAUAAUACUGGUGCACAUGGUGGUAGAAGGCCACCGCCUCCUGUGCCAGUCAGGGGAGUGCAAUAUGGACAGGAGUAUCCCAUUCAACAGCCCGCACAGCAAGCACCGCCCAUUCAGCUGGAGUCCAAUCCAUCUUUAGCAGGAGGAGACGAGGGAGGGAAUGGUGAGUCUGGUGGCGGUGCUGAAGGAGAGUCGGAACAACAAGUGCAGGUCGAUGACGAUGGCAAUGUGGUCAACCCUGGUGACCAAGGCGAGACAACAGAAACCGCGCUUGCGAUUGCAGCCCGCGCCCGAAAGGCGUCCCCCGUCAGCUAUGCCCAGAUGUUAAGUGCCGUCCGUCGCGAGCGCGAGUAUGCUAUCGCCUUGAUGGUUCGCGAAGCCGAGCUAGCCCUGGCAUCGACCGAAGUCUACUCCGUGACCAAUAAGAACCAAAUGGCGCCCUCGAACGACAUCCACGACUACCUCUCCCUCUCGAAAUACUUUUGGCCCAACAAGGACAAGCCCGGUGGACUGCCCUACAAACGGAUCGAUGGACAUGUCAACCCGGAGAUUGAGACCGUGCGGGAUUACCGUCUGUUGAGGACCAUGAUCCGGGAGGUCCAUAUGAUGGGGAUGGCGUACCAUUUCACUGGGAGGAAGGAGUUUGCGGACAAGUGUGCGAUGCGGUUGAAGGAAUGGUUUUUGGACGAGGCGACGUAUAUGAAUCCGAAUUUUAAUUAUGGGUCUUUGAGGAAGGGGGAGAAGUUGGGGGCGAGGACUGGUGUUCUUGACAUGUUUACCAUCUUCCGGGUGUUUGACGCGUUGCACUAUUUGAAACAGGAACCGACGUGGCCUCAGGAUUUGAUCCCUCAGUUGCAGGAGUGGUUUACUCGGUAUGUGCGAUGGCUCGAGACGUCAACGUUGGCCAAGGUCGAGCGCAAGGGCAACAACAACCACGGCACAUACUUUGAUGUCCAGAUCAUCGGCAUCUACCUGUUCCUGGGCCGAGUCGACGACGCACGCGAGGUGGCUUUGCAGGCAUUGCACACUCGUAUCGACCCCCAGAUCACGGCCAGAGGAGAGCAGCCAGAGGAAAUGGAGCGCAAGACGUCGUGGUACUAUUCGGUGUUCAACCUGCAAGCAUUGAUGACAUUGGCUCGAUGGGGGGAUGACUUGGGGGUGGAUAUGUGGUUCUAUGAGGGACCCCAGGGGCAAUCGAUCAAGAAGGCGAUUGACUUCAUGUUGCCGUUUGCGUUGGCGGGAGGGGAGGGUUGGCCGGUGGAGAACCUGAAGGGGUAUGAUAUGACGGACUACUUGAAGUGUUUGCAGAUUGGGUGGCAUAUCUAUGGGGAUGAGAAGUACCUGGAGGCGAUCGAGGUGUUGGAGCCCAAGGUGCGGAAGGAUAUGGAGGACCAGAAGAUCAAGACGGUGAGCACGUUUAUGUGCGACAUGUCGACGUUGAUGGAGGCGACUACUCGCGGAGGACAGGGGUUCGUCUGGCAUUGGUGCCUUACAUAA